AGAGUAGACUACCCGCGAGAUUUGGGCCUGAGUGACUGCCAUUGGUCAAGCGGGCGGUGACUAAAAGUGGGCGGUUCCCGGAAAAAUCGCUAACCGGAAGGAAAGGCCAGAGCCCAACAAGAAGACGAAGACGGCCGAUGAGACCAGCCAAAGAAGAAAAAGUACUUUCCCCUGGCUUGGUCUCCUCCUCCUUUUGGCUCAUCCAGCUGCCUUAACUGACCCACCCGGCCCCCACCCCCCCUGGCACACAUUCCUCCACCUUGCUCUCUCCCUUAAAUUAAACAAAACCUCCAAGCCGCGCCAUGGCCGGACGAGGUGGACCCGCGCGGACCAACGGCGCCGCGGCGAGCAACAAGAUCUGCCAGUUCAAGCUGGUCCUGCUGGGGGAGUCGGCGGUGGGCAAGUCCAGCUUGGUCCUGCGCUUUGUCAAAGGCCAGUUCCACGAGUACCAGGAGAGCACCAUCGGAGCGGCCUUCCUCACACAGACGGUAUGUCUGGAUGACACAACGGUCAAGUUUGAGAUCUGGGACACCGCGGGCCAGGAGCGGUAUCACAGCUUGGCACCUAUGUACUACAGAGGAGCGCAGGCGGCCAUCGUGGUCUACGACAUCACCAACACAGACACUUUCGCACGUGCAAAGAACUGGGUGAAGGAGCUGCAGCGACAAGCCAGCCCAAACAUUGUCAUUGCACUGGCAGGGAAUAAAGCAGACCUGGCCAACAAGAGAGCUGUGGAUUUCCAGGAGGCACAAGCGUAUGCUGAUGACAACAGUUUGCUCUUCAUGGAGACGUCAGCCAAGACUGCCAUGAAUGUUAAUGAGAUUUUUAUGGCUAUAGCCAAGAAGCUUCCCAAGAACGAGCCUCAGGGGGGCCCGGGAGCCGGCGGCCGAGCCCGAGGCGGCGUGGAUCUGCAGGAGGCGGCGCCACAGGGCCGGAGCGGCCCGUGUUGCGGGGGCGGCAACUAACCCCACGAGGAGUCCAGUCAGUUACCAGCUUCGAUCAACCGGACCAGAUAUUAUUAGCCAGCUGUCAAAACAAUGUCGGACCCCCAACGGCCCGGUCGGACCAACCACACCCCACUUCGAGCAACACACGGCGGAAAUUACAAACUGUUUGGCCGACAAAAUCAUUGGCCGGUCGACUGCCCAAGCGACUGCUGACCAAGAAACGUAAUGUCACUCAAUCGUGUUUUAACCCCAGAAAACCUCUCUAUUGAUGAUGGACACUUGACGUCACCUCUGGGGAAGAAGCAUCCCACUCAUGGUAUUGUUAAAAAUAAAUCCAUCAUUAGUAAUGGCACUUAUUUGCAAAGGCCGCCAUGCUCCCUUUUCUUUCUGUAUUUGUGUAGAAAUGAAUAAAAACAUGCAACAAGAAGGAAUCCAAAUAGAAGCCCCAUUUUUUUUCUCUCUUCUAUAAGUCUUUCCAUCACGCUUUGACGUCCUUCCCAGUCUUAUUCAUCACGAUUCAAGAUGGAGAAAGUUCCUAGCAGGGAACUGGGCAGACUUCCUUCUUGGUAGAACUGUAGCUGCAAUACUGUCCUCACUAUUCUUUCUUCUGUUUGACAACAUAUGAUUUUUAGACUGCUUUGAGAUCAUCUGACUAUUAAGAUACUUUAUUAACAUGGUCACCCGUAUGUAGUUUGAGGAAAAAUAACAACUAAGACUUGUUUUAUUGACCAAACUGUAUUGAAAGAUGUAAUAUUUGUACGGAUACUCCUCAAGUUUAUAAUCAAUCAGUGCUUAUUGUCACAAACAAUAUCUUCCCAAUCUCAAUAUGUUUUUUUUUUGUCAAUUAUUUUGUGAUCUUUUUGUGUCUUAAUUUGUUUUUCUGAAAAUCUAUGGUAUUAAAUACACUGGUUCUGU